GCACCUGCAGAGAGUAGAGCGGAGAGGGUGGAGAGAGAGGAGUGGAGUUUGGAUGCUUCAGUCGAGCCACAUCACCGCUCACGAAUCUACAAAACUUGCUGGUUAAGUUUGUGAACAGGCGCUGGAGUAGCAGACACAGAAAUGGAGCUUUUGACGAUGCGCUUCGGCUGCAUGGUGCUAUCAUGCGUUAUUGGUUUGGUGUCAGGUCUGGAGAUCACUUCCACAGGGCCGGCCUCCAUACAGAAGGCCAGUGGAGAGAGCGCAAAGCUGGACUGUCAGUUCACUCUGGCCUCUGAAGACACAGGACCUCUGGACAUUGAGUGGAGCUUAAGAGCUCCGGACAACCAAAGAGAGGACACAGUGGUGCUGUUGUACUCAGGCGACAGAGCUUAUGAGGACUACUACCCACCCAUGAAGGGCAGGGUACACUUCAACUCACCCGACCCCAAAAACGGUGAUGCCUCCAUUAGCCUCACAGGCCUGACAUCUUCGGAUUCAGGAACAUACCAGUGCAAAGUGAAGAAGGCUCCAGGCAUCCGCAGCAAGAAGAUACUGCUCACUGUGAUGGUGAAACCAUCUCGACCAAGGUGCUACUCUGAAGGCACCACUCAGGAAGGCAAAGACAUCGUGAUGAGGUGUGUCUCCAAAGAAGGCACCAAUCCACUCCAGUACGUCUGGGAGAAGACCAGCGGGAACAAGCUGCUGCCCCCAACCGCCACACUCGAUACAGCUGCAGGAACCAUUAUUGUCAAAAACGCAUCUGCCAGCGCAUCUGGCUCGUACCGCUGCACUGCCAGCAACCUCGUCGGGACUGACGAAUGUGUGCUGCAACUUAAUGUGACGCCUCCUCCGAACACGGCUGGCAUCGUGGCGGGCUCCAUUAUCGCUGUGCUGCUCUUCCUCCUCAUUAUUGCAAUCAUCCUGUUUUGCUUCUGUCGCGCCCGUAACAGAAAGAAGUAUGAGAAAGAAAUCUGCAAUGAGAUCAGAGAGGAUGUGCCACCCCCGAAGAGCCGUGUUUCGACUGCUCGUAGCUUCACCGUAGGCAGCCAGCGCUCCUCCCUGGGCUCCAUGUCGCCCUCUAACCUCCACGAGUACGUCAAACCUCAGUACGACAAGAUCCCAUCUACAGAGGAGUACGACAGACCCCCUAGUCACGCUCCGCUCCCCCCUCCCACCGCCUCUAGGAUGGCAGGGCCCAACCUCAGCCGCAUGGGGGGUAUACCUGUGAUGAUCCCGGCCCAAAACAGGGACGGGUCUAUUGUGUAGCAUAGCAUUUUCUCACAAAGACUAUGCAGAGGACAGGUGGAUGUAUGGAAGUCUGACAUGCCCAGUGAAGAUACUGAAUUUGAAGUUACAAGAGGGAAAUCUCUCCUGAAAUGAAGGCGCUAAACGUGUUGUACUGAAUCACAACAGGACAUAUGAACUUUUUCUAUGAAUUUUACUUUCUGAACUUUAAAUUGAAGUAGAUAUACCCCAGGAUGGUAAAUAUACAAAUACUAUUGUACAUAAAUGAAUGCAUGUUGUUUUUAAUAGACCUCCUUGCUGUAAAGUUGCAGAGUGUUCAUCAGAUAGGCCCAUUAACUGGCCAACUGUACAGCUGUAUGCAUGUGUUUGUACAUAUAGAUCUGUGUGUGUGUAUGAAUGAAUACUUCUUGUGAAUGCCUGAACACUUAUUAGUUACCAUAACAUGUUAGAUUGAAGUUAUAAUCUGAUUCAAAAUCCUUAGACAUUAACUGUUUGAAUAAUUCUGCCCAGGCUCUAAGCGAUGUGAUUGGCUGUUGGUUAAGGGGAGGUUCUUACUACAGUUCUUGUGAUUGGAGGAUUAUCGCUGGUCACUUGAGCGGGCACAUUAUACCCGUUUUGCCCCCCGUCCCGCCUCCAAGAUUUUAAAAGGUUGAGCCGAAAAUAAUGAGGCCAGAUGGAGGCUACAAGAGUUCAUUGAGCAAUCUCCUCUGAUUGAGUUUGACGGUCCACUGACCACAAUCCAUAACUGACUAUAAGGAAGAAAUCUUUAAGUUAACUCAAAGGUUUUAGUGAGACAGUUCAGUUUUUAAAUCAAAUAUGCACCUUGUGACCAAAUAUUACAUUUAAUAGAAAAAAAACGGACAAAACAUGUCCUUUUAUCAUUUUAAUGUGCCAUACUCACUAUCAGUCAAAAGUUUGGACACACAUUUUCAUUCUAUGCUUUUUUUACUACUUUCUACACCGUGGAUACUUACUGAAGGUGUAGAUGUAUGAAAUUACUUAUGAAGGAAAAAAGGUUAAGGUUAUUUUAGAUUCAUCAAAGUAACCAUCCUUUGCUUUGUUGACAACACUGCAAACUCUUCACCUUCUCUCAAUGAGCAUCACAAUGAAGUCCACGGAAAUGGUUUUGCAAAGCAGUGAUCAAAGCAAAGAGUACCUUAUUUUAAAGAAUCUAAAAUAUGCUUUUGUUUACUACAUCCCAUAGGUGUUCGUUCAGUUUUAAGAAUCCACAAUGUAAAUAGUCAAAGAGAAAACAGGUCCAAACAUUUGAUUGUUAUUCACACCAUCUGGACUCGGGCUGUAAACUAAUUGCCGUUUCUUAUCGAUAUAUAUUGAAUCAGUUCUGAAACCGAAGCACUGAGCACCCAUGAAUUUUUGCCUUAUACUCGUCCUUGUUUAGCCUUACCCUCCCAUUCGAGAUCCCUCACAGCUGGACUUUUCUUGUGCCUUUUCCCUGGUUCAGUUUUGUUCCAAAUUGUUCAACUGUUCCUACUUUUCUGCAGCCAACUGUUCAGGUUUACCUUCUUUGUCCCAACCCAUUCAUUCUUAUCCAACUAAAUUUUAAAGCUAUUUUAAUAUCAUUUUAUUUUGUUUUUAUUACAGAAAUGUUUGUCCACAAUUGUUAUGAGUAUGUGUAUACAAUGAACUAAUUUCAAAGCAGCUAAAUGAAAUGAGAUUUAUUCUGUGUAUCCUUGCUUGUUGCCGUGCUGCGCUUGGCAACUGUAAAA